CUUCCCGUAACAGUUCAACCCUUAUUAUAUGACUAGUAAGAGAUCAAAAAUGUCGUCCAGUGGCACUCUCGGCAACUGCUAUGUGGACGCUAUAAUGGGGCAGGAGGCGGAGGAUGCGUACGGUGCUCGCUUUAUCCAGGCUCCGCACACGGUGACCUCGAGGCCGUCAAGUGUCGGGGACAACGCGGACUUCUCCUCCUCGUGCCAUUUCGCCUCCAAGUCCGGGGUUUUCUCGUCGUCCUGGUCCUCGGUUCACCCGCAGGGGAUUUAUCACCCGUACAUGCAUCACCACCACCACCACCACCACCAGUCCCACCUCCCCGCCUCGGACGGCAGAUACGUGGGCGUCCGCUCAUGGAUGGACCCCAUCUCCAACCACGUCUCGUUCGCCGGAUAUCACUCCAGCAGUCGCUCCUACGGAACGAAGCCCGAGGUCCCGGCGGCGCCCAAGGCGGCGCAGUGCGACGCUUCGGAUCCGGAGGCUCGGCCGCUCGCCGGCGAAUUCUCGUGCGGAGGAUCGGAGUGUCAGGAAAAAGCCGCCGCGGAGCUCAGUGGAAGUGAACUUUCGAUUCACAGCGAGCCGAAGGAGGAGAAACAACAACAACUUGACCCGAACAACCCUGCAGCGAACUGGAUUCACGCGCGCUCCACGAGAAAGAAGCGAUGCCCGUACACGAAAUAUCAGACUUUAGAGCUGGAGAAGGAGUUCCUCUACAACAUGUAUUUGACAAGAGACCGACGCUACGAGGUGGCCCGCAUACUCAGUUUAACCGAGAGACAAGUGAAGAUCUGGUUCCAGAACAGGAGGAUGAAAAUGAAGAAGAUGAACAGAGAGAGGAGCGGCAGAGACCUGCUGUGAAGAAAACAAAAUCACUGCCUUUAGACACACUCGUACCAGAGAAGCGAUCUGAACAAUUCCUUUCAUUUUGGCAGGAGCAACGGUAGCCAUUUUAUUACGUUAGACCCUCUGGAGAAAUGUUGCGCGUCAGUGUCAUGCAGUGUUGGCCUUCGGAACCGCCUAUGCCGGAAUUAGUCUUUGUCACAGUCGGAGUGGAGCCGUAAGAUAUUUGGCUCUGUUUUUGCAUUUCACUCAACCGCAAAAGCAAGUAUGUCCUAUUUGUUGAGCCUCCCGUGUCUGUGACGUUUUUUUAAUGUGUAAUGCUUAUAGUUGUUAAUAAUAAAGAGUUGUAUAUAAAACAUGUUC